AUGAUACUACCACUUUAUAAUGCCUUGGAUUUGUGUGGGGCUACCACCUGUGACACCCUGGGAAUGGCAGAUGUCGGCACCAUGUGUGACCCCAAACGCAGUUGCUCCGUCAUUGAGGAUGAUGGUCUUCCUUCCGCUUUUACUACAGCUCAUGAGCUAGGACAUGUGUUCAACAUGCCCCAUGACAACGUGAAGGCUUGUGAAGAAGUCUUCGGUAAACUGAAGACCAACCAUAUGAUGUCUCCCACUCUCAUCCAAAUUGACCGUAUCAACCCAUGGUCACCUUGUAGCACGGCCAUCAUCACUGACUUCCUGGACAGCGGACAUGGGGAUUGCCUCUUGGACCAACCCACCAAGCCGAUCUCCUUGCCUCAAGAACUUCCCGGUUCCAGCUACAACCUCAACCAGCAGUGUGAGCUGGCCUUUGGCAUUGGCUCCAAGCCUUGCCCUUACAUGCAGUACUGCACCAAGCUUUGGUGCACCGGGAAGGCUCGCGGCCACAUCAUGUGUCAGACCCGUCACUUCCCUUGGGCCGAUGGCACCAGCUGUGGAGAAGGAAGGUUCUGCAUAAAAGGUGCCUGUGUGGAGAGGCAUAACAUCAGUAAGUACCGGGUGGAUGGCAACUGGGGGAAGUGGGCACCUUAUGGAUCCUGCUCAAGGACGUGUGGUGGAGGUGUCCAGUUGGCUAAACGUCAAUGCAACAAUCCCCCUCCAGCCAACGAAGGGAAGUAUUGUGAAGGGGUUCGAGUUAAGUACCGUUCCUGCAGUUUGGAUCCCUGUUUUGCUUCAGUUCCAGGGAAGAGUUUUCGGGAAGGCAUGGCUACAACUUUGUGGUGCUCCUCCCAGCUGGUGCCUCCAGCAUUGACAUCCGUCAGAGAGGCUACAAGGGUCUGAUUAGUGAUGACAAUUACCUGGCCUUGAAGAAUGCACACGGCAAAUACCUUCUGAAUGGACAUUUCAUUGUCUCCGCGGUGGAAAGGGACUUAAUAGUCAAGGGCAGCGUGAUUCGCUAUAGUGGAACAAGUACAGCAGUGGAAAGCCUCCAAGCCUUUAUGCCCAUCCAGGAACCCCUGACGGUGGAAGUGCUAUCAGUUGGGAAGAUGACGCCACCUCGAGUACGCUACUCCUUCUACCUGCCCAAAGAAAGCAAAGAGGACAAGUCUUCCUACCACCGUAAAGAUGGGAAGCGUCCUCCCGUCCUCAACAACAGUAUUCUCAGCCUGUCCAACCGCCUGGACCUGGGUCAGCUGGAUUACAAACGCCCCGCUUACAAGUGGGCUACCACCAACUGGGAAGACUGUUCGGUCACUUGUGGCAACGGUCUGCAGAAACGCAUGGUUUUGUGUCGCGAUGCCCUGGGCCAGCUGGCUUCCUCUUGCGAUGCCACUCAGAGGCCUGUUGACAUCAGGAUAUGCGGAGAUCCUUGCCCAACGUGGGAGGCGUCUCCCUGGUCCUCGUGCUCCAAAACUUGUGGCAGGGGUUUUAAAAGGCGCAUACUGAGAUGCACAGGGCGGGGUGGUACCCUCCUGCCCCGUGAACGCUGCAACCUCAGGAAGAAACCGCAGGAGUUGGACUUUUGCACCCUGAGACCUUGCUGACCGGGCGGUCUCCACAAUUGACCAAAGUCAAAUGUGCUACUUUCUGAACUCUCGGUGAUCAAGUGGCUGAAAGUGUAAAAAAAAUGGCCUCUGGGGGGAGGGAGUGGGAUCCAGCUGUGUCGAAGGAGGUCCGUUACGUAGUGCAUUUUGACCAAGAACAUUCUAAGAGGGGAGACGAAGAGUACCAAUAAGAAGGGGGCUUGACAGAGGUUUUGACCAUCCAGUCACUUAGUGGUAAAGCAGAAGUAAACAACUACCUCGAAAUUGCCCAAACCUCCUAGAAGUUAUCACCAUUCAGCCAUGUAUUCUGUGGCCCCGAAGGAGAAGGCAAGGCCAGAAACUGAAUAUCAGAACUAUCUUGAGAUGGACCAAAGAUAAAGAAGGUGAUUCCUUAGAGCCGUGGCUCUAAAUCCUUUCCAAAAAUCAUAAAAAAAGAUCUAAAAUAUAAAAGGGACUCUUAGGACCACCCACCUCCUUCAACUCCUAGGGUUAUAGUGGACCAUAAGGAAGUACCAUUGAGCCUAGAAGGAAAGAAUUGUAAGACUUCUAUGAGUAUAACAUGGUACCCUUAAGAAAGAACGUGAUAUCCUAGCUCGGAUGGAAUUGCAAGUCUCUAGACACACAUGGGGUUCAUUCUUCCGUACAGGACUAAUAACCAGUCACUGAUUGGUAGCUACCAAUUAAUAUUUUAAGAGCAAUGUGCAUUUUAAUGGUGCUGGACCAAAUUGCCUCUGAAGGGUUGGCUUUGCCUGCUUCUUAUGGUUCGUGCCAAGAGAUCUACCAUGUUGGGUAAGGUGGAGCUGCAUCUUAUUUUCCUGUUCCUUAGUUUGAAUAGGGAUGUCUCUUUCUACUUUUCUUCCUUGCUUUUGUUAUUUAAGCCCACGUAUUCUCCAGGGUCACUGUUUCAUGUUAGAAUUCUCCAAUCCAGAGUACAUCUUCAAAAUACGUGCAAACACCUGAACAUUGGAGUUUGGAUUCAGGCCAGGCUAACUUUGUCCUUUUUAUGAAAAAAAGAAAAGAAAAGGGGAUGAACUUAAUGCUCCCAGAAUGGUUCUGCUGGAGCACUUGAACAUGAUCAGAAAGCAAGAGAGAAAGUAUUGUUGUAACUAAUACCCAACUAAUCAAGGAGAGAACCAACCUAGAACCAAGGAGAAAUUUCCUGACAAUUAGAACAAU